GCAUGUCAGGAGUACGCAUUUUUUCUGGAUUAAGUAUAACUUUGCUGUGAGAUCUGACUCUACGUGAAAGGAAUACUUUUCAGCAUCAGCUCCUGGACAGGUAAGGACAUGCGACUACUUAUUAACAGAGCUUGUCUGCCAGGCCGUACAGAGCUUGUCAAUGCUUCUCCGCGUUGCACAAUACUCCAUGGGAAGAAGAUAGUAAGGUGUUUCAGAUGAAAACCAGAAUACCUUCCCUAUUGUGCUUUUCUUGUUUCAAUAUUUUUGUUAUGUUUCCAUAUGUUUGUAAGCGUUUGGAAAAUAGCCCAGAAAGUUAUAAAAUAAGUAUAUAUAGUAAGGGCUUUGAUGGAGAUCGUUUUUAAAGAAAACCAGAAGAAUAAUUCCACAAGGUUCCUGAAAUCCACAACAGACAAAGUGCUUCAUUUAUGAUUAGAGGAAUUCCCCUCCUCUAUGUAGAAUGAUGACCACAAUGAUGAUGAUGAUGAAGAAACGUCCAUCCCAUUCUAAGGAUGUAAGGUGCCUACAAGGGAUUGAAGCACCACAGUGACCUCCAGGCUUAGCCCAGAACAAAAUGAGCAAACUGAACUUCCAGAACAACAGAGUUAUGCAGGACCGACGAAGCGUUUGUGUCUUCCUACCUAACGACGACACUUUAAAUGUUAUUAUAAACGUUAAAGCACUUUGCCAGGAGUUACUCGUCCAAGUAUGUGAUCUUCUCCGAUUGAAAGACUGUCAUCUCUUUGGCCUCAGCGUUAUACAAAACAAUGAACAUGUUUACAUGGAACUUUCCCAGAAGGUUUAUAAAUACUGCCCGAAGGAGUGGAAGAAAGAGGCCAGUAAGGGUAUUGACCAGUUUGGCCCUCCUAUGAUCAUCCAUUUCCGAGUUCAAUAUUAUGUUGAAAAUGGCAGAUUAAUAAGCGACAGAACAGCGAGAUAUUAUUACUAUUGGCACCUAAGAAAGCAAGUGUUACUCUCGCAGUGCCUGCAGAGAGAGGAGGCCUACUUCCUGCUGGCCGCCUUCGCACUGCAAGCUGACCUGGGGAACUUCAAAAGAAACAAGCAUUAUGGGAAAUAUUUUGAUCCAGAGGCUUAUUUCCCUCCUUGGGUGAUUAAGAAAAGAGGCAAAGAUUACAUCCUGAAACACAUUCCCAACAUCCACCGCGACCAAUUUGCACUGACAGUGUCUGAGGCUCAUCUUAUGUACAUUAAGGAGGCAGCGAGACUCGAAGACGUUGCUGUACAUUACUACAGAUUAUACAAGGACAAAAGAGAGACUGAAGCCUCCUUGAUCCUUGGACUCACUUUGAGAGGGAUCCAAAUUUUUCAGAGUAUAGGAGAUGAAAAGCAACUACUUUUUGAUUUUCCUUGGACUAACGUGGGAAAACUUGUGUUUGUGGGUAAAAAGUUUGAAAUCUUACCAGAUGGCUUGCCCUCGGCCAGGAAAUUAAUUUACUACACUGGCUGCUCCAUGCGAUCGCGACAUCUCCUUCAGCUGCUCAGUAAUAGCCACCGACUGUACAUGAACCUGCAGCCUGUCCUGCGCCAAGUCAGGAAGCUCGAAGAGAAUGAAGAGAAGAAACAGUAUCGGGAGUCCUACAUCAGCGACACAUUGGACCAUGAAAUGGACCAAUUGGAUAAGAGAUCCCGUGCCAGCGGCAGCAGCGCAGGGAGCGUCAAGCACAAGCGUCUCUCCAGGCACUCCACAGCGAGCCACAGCAGUUCGCACACUUCGGGGAUCGAGGCCGAUACCAAGCACAGGGAUAUCGGGCCGGAGGACAGCUUUUCGGGGAUUCUACUGCACCGCAAACUGAAAACCUGCAGUUCCAUGACCAGCCAUAGCAGCUCCCAUACCUCCGGAGCAGAGAGUGUCGGCAAGGACAGAUUGGACGAUGACUCGCAGGAUGAUGAGAUAGAAAUGUUGGUUGAUGACCCAAAGGACCUUGACUUGCCAUUGGAUAUCAGUCCUGAUCUAUGUAUUUAUAUUACUGAAGAUAUGCUGAGCUCACAACAACUAAAUGGGCAUACAGGGUUAGUGGUAAAGGAAAUUAAUUCAUCAACUUCCAGCUCCUCAGAAACAGUGGUAAAGCUUAGAGGCCAGAGCAUUGAUUCCCUUCCUCAGAGCACAAGCAGGAAACCAAAGACUUCCACGGACCGUCACAGCUUAAGUCUGGAUGACAUCCGCUUGUAUCAAAAGGACUUCUUACAGAUUGCUGAUCUGUGUCAGGACACUGCCCAAAGCUACACGUUUGGAUGUGGUCACCCCUUAGAAGAUAAAGGACUUUAUUGUCAUGGCUGCCUCGCUCAACAAUGGGCCAACAUUCAAGAACCUCUUUCAGCCAAAAAGGCCAGCAAAUACUUCUCUCUGGACCUGACUCACGAUGAAGUCCCAGAGUUUGUUGUGUAAGACUUACCAUUCACGGGGCCUGGCUGCCCAGAUUUUCAAAAGACAUUAUGGAAAUCUACAAACCUUUUGCCAA